UGUGACUAAUUUCCAGCAUAGCAUCUUUCGAUUACAAUUCCCUGAGAAGCAGCCCGUGAAUAAAUACAGAUACAAUCAUAAUCAAAAUGAUGCUAAAGGGGCGUGACAAUCGUUGUGAAUUGUGAUUCCUUCUAAUCCCACACACACUGAAGUGCAACAGUUGGUUCAUCAUUCCAAUAACAAGUUGACAACCUCAGAAGAUCAAGAAGAAGAAUCUAGACAAUUCAACAAGACCAAAACAUGAAUGGAGCUGUGCUUGUAGCUAUUGCUGCUACAAUUGGUAAUUUACUCCAGGGAUGGGACAAUGCAACUAUUGCUGGUUCUGUUAUAUACAUUAAAAAGGAAUUUAAAUUGGAAAGUCAACCUACUUUGGAAGGCCUCAUUGUCUCCAUGUCACUCAUCAGUGCUACUGUGAUUACUGCUUGCUCUGGUGCAAUUGCUGACUGGCUUGGGCGCCGGCCCCUGCUUGUUAUUGCAGCAUUCCUUUAUUUUGUAAGUGGUCUUGUAAUGCUAUGGUCCCCUAAUGUCUAUGUCCUGCUCCUGGCACGCCUUCUAGAUGGGUUUGGAAUGGGACUGGCAGUUACUAUGGUUCCCAUAUAUAUAUCCGAGAUUGCACCGCCUGAGAUACGCGGUACUCUAAAUACUUUGCCUCAGUUUACUGGUACUGCUGGAAUGUUCCUCUCUUACUGCAUGAUAUUUGGAAUGUCCCUAACGAGUUCACCUAGCUGGAGGGUCAUGCUUGCUGUUCUUUCUAUCCCAUCCCUCUUAUAUUUUCUCUUAGCAAUAUUGUUUUUGCCUGAGACUCCAAGGUGGCUUGUUAGUAAUGGUCAAAUGCUGGAGGCCAAGAAGGUUUUGCAGAGGUUACGUGGUAGGGAUGACGUUUCUGGUGAGUUGGCUUUACUGGUUGAAGGUCUUGGCGUUGGGGGCCAGACAUCUAUGGAGAAAUACAUGAUUUGCCCAGCAGAUGAACUUAUUAAUGAACAGGAUGCAGGUACGGAUGAUGAGAGUGUUAGGCUUUUUGGGACUGAAGGACUCUCCUGGGUAGCUCGUCCAGUUACUGAGCAAAAUAGCUUUGGUCCUUCAUCUCGCCAAGAAAGCUUUGUAAGCCUGACCAUGUCGCUUGUGGAUCCUGUUGUCACCCUUUUCGACGGCGUCCAUGAGAAGCUGCCAGAUACAGGAGACAUUGGUAGUAUGCUUUUCCCAAACUUUGGAAGCAUGUUCAAUAUUGCUGGCAAUCAGCAAAAGAAUGACGAUUGGGAUGAAGAGAGUCUUCGUGGAGAGGGUGAGGAAUAUGCUUCUGAUGCCGGUAUUAAUGAUUAUGAUGACAAUUUGCAUAGUCCAUUAAUAUCACGUCAGACAACAAGUUUGGAAAAAGACAUGGUUCAACCUGCUUCCAAUAGUAACCCUGUGGAAAAUACUAAUGAUGAACCACUUGGUAGUGUGGGGAUUGGUGGUGGGUGGCAGCUUGCCUGGAAAUGGACAGAAAAGGAAGGUCAAGAUGGAACAAAGGAAGGUUGCUAUAAAAGAAUAUAUAUGCUCCAAGACAGCGUUGCUCCAUCUUGUCGUGGGUCUUUAACAUCUACUCCUGCUCCUGGAAUGGAAAUGCCUGAAGGUGCCGAGUUUGUCCAAGCUGAUGCUUUGGUAGCUGAUGCUUUGGUAAGUCAUCCCGCUCCUAACUCUAAGGAGAUCAUGGAUCAGCCUACAGUUGGGCCUGCUGUUAUACAUCCUUCUGAAGCUGCAGCUAGUGGGUCAAGUUGGAGCAAUCUUUUUGAACCAGGUGUCAAGCAUGCCUUAGUUGUUGGUGUUGGAAUUCAGAUGCUUCAGCAGUUCUCUGGCAUAAGUGGGGUUGUUUACUAUACACCUCAGAUUCUUGAGCACGCUGGUAUCUGCAGGCUUGUAUCACAAAUCGGCAUUAGUGCAACGUCUUCUUGUUUGCUUAUUACAGCCGUCAUCACUUUAAUGACGCUUCCAUGCAUAGCUGUUGCCAUGAGACUGAUGGAUGUAGCUGGCAGAAGAGGCUUGUUGCUUGCUACAAUCCCUGUUUUAAUAAUAUCCCUGGUUAUACUAGUUAUCGCCAGUUUUGUAAAUUUAGGCGAAGUUGUAAACGCUCUCAUCCCAACUGUUAGUGUUCUGGUGUACUUCUGCUGUUUCUUCAUGGCAUUUGGGCCUAUACCCAACCUACUAUGUGCGGAGAUCUUCCCCACCCGUGUCCGCGGUCUCUGUAUUGCAAUUUGUGCGCUCGCAGCAUGGAUAUGUGACAUUAUCAUCACCUACUCACUUCCCUUGAUGCUUCCCUCCAUAGGGCUCUCUGGCAUUUUUGGCAUAUAUGCUGUUGUGUGCAUCGUAUCAUGGGUUUUUGUUUUCUUAAAAGUUCCAGAAACAAAAGGCAUGCCUCUGGAGGUGAUAACUGAGUUCUUUUCUGUUGGCGCUAAACAUUCUACUGCUACCUGAGACAUCUGAUCUAGGCAACAAGGAAUCGAAGUCCUCAAUGGGACAGUUCCAGUUUUCAGUGAUUAUUUUCCAUGAUAUACAUAGUAUGGGAACAGGAAGUUUAGUGUGGUCUUGGAGUUGCAUGUUUGAGAAAAAACAAGAAGUAAAGAUGUUUAUCCUUUAGAGCCUUGCAUUGCAACCAGGUCUUCUUUUUGAAUAUAUGUAUUGAAAGUUUA